UAUGAAAACUCAUUCAUCACGAGCUGUGUCUUGAACGUGCUAGCCGUUGACUUUAGGCGCUAACGUGUCCUGUGUGUCAUGAUUUGAUUAUUCGGUCGUAGCGGUGCCCAUACGGGUACCUUACUCUCCAUUUACUCGUAAUAUUAGCUGGUGAAUAUAUCAAAUUUAAACGACACACUCUUGCUUGCUGAACUGGGAACUAAGGUCUCGUGUUAUGGGAGAGACACGGAGGUCAGACGAGCGGUGGGCUGUGAACUGUAAUGUCCGAGUCCAACAAGCCUGCGAUCGCUUUAACAGCUCUCUGUUGAUAUUGUAGCACUGAUCAUUUAAGACUGAAUCAUGCCUGGAAAGCUUAAGGCCAAAAUAGUGGCCGGGCGCCACUUACCCGUGAUGGACAGAGCCAGUGACCUCACUGAUGCUUUUGUAGAGGUCAAGUUUGGCAACACAACUUUUAAAACGGAUGUGUAUCACAAAUCCCUCAAUCCACAGUGGAACUCUGAAUGGUUCAAAUUUGAGGUUGACGAUGAGGACUUGCAGGAUGAGCCAUUACAGAUUACAGUGCUGGACCAUGACACUUACAGUGCUAAUGAUGCCAUAGGAAAAGUUUACAUUGAUAUUGACCCGUUGUUGUGCAGUGAGGCUGCCUCUGUCAUCUCUGGCUGGUUUCCCAUCUAUGAUACUAUUCACGGUAUCAGAGGAGAGAUCAAUGUCCUUGUCAAAGUGGAGCUCUUCAAUGAUUUGAACCGCUUCAGGCAGUCAUCCUGCGGGGUCAAGUUCUUCUGCACCACAUCCAUUCCGCGGUGCUACCGAGCAGCAAUGGUGCAUGGCUUUGUGGAGGAACUUGUGGUGAAUGAAGAUCCAGAGUACCAGUGGAUCGACCGUAUUAGAACUCCUCGAGCGUCAAAUGAGGCUCGGCAGAGGCUCAUCUCCCUCAUGUCUGGAGAGCUGCAAAGAAAAAUUGGUCUUAAAGUACUGGAGAUGGGUGGGAAUGCAGUGGUGGGCUACUUGCAGUGUUUCGACCUGGAAGGAGAGUCGGGCCUGGUGGUGCGGGCCAUAGGUACCGCCUGCACACUGGACAAACUCAGUUCUGGAAGUGCCCCCAGUACCAACACACACAUCCACCCUAAUACAGCCCCUGCUUCCAAUGCCUGCAAUUCUCCUUCUAAGGAUGGAAAGGAGCCGGUAUUUGGUGAGGACCUGCCCUCGUCCUCCGGCCCGCCUACCCCUUUCAGAGCCCUCCCCACCUCCUCUUCCUCUCCUCCCCCCUUCUCUCCCUCCAAGCCAUGCAGCCGCCAGUCCUCAUCAUCAGACACAGACCUCAGUUUGACGCCCAAGACGGGAAUGGGCAGUGGGGGCAGCGCCGGGAAGGAUGCAGGGCCCCUGAAGACUCUGCUCAGACAACAGACGCAAACAGCUCUUGAACAGAGGGGAGCGUCCUCCUCUGGGUUAUUGUUAAACGCCCGGGAGUUCCCCUUCUUCACCUUGACAUCUUUCCCACCUGGUUUUCUGGUUCAUGCGGGUGGAGUGGUUAGUGCCCGCUCUGUCAAACUACUGGACAGAAUACAUAACCCUGCCUUGGGUAACACGCGCUCUUACAAACUGCUAGACUGGAAUAGUGUCACUGCAGAUGAACCAGAAACUCGUGAUGCCUGGUGGGAAGAGAUUCGCCAGGAAAUUAAAUCUCAUGCCAAAGCUCUUGGUUGCCAUGCAGUUGUGGGAUACAGUGAAAGCACCAGCAUCUGUGAGGAGGUGUGUAUCUUGUCAGCAUCAGGCACAGCAGCUAUCCUGAAUCCUCGGUACAUGCGUGAAGGCUGUCUAGACAUCGGAAGCACCGACCACAGGUUUGAGGAGCCGUCUCCCCCAAGCUGUGGCUUUUGUCACAUCCCAUAUGACGAACUCAACAUGCCUUUUCCUGCCCAGCUCACCUACUGUUACCACUGUAGAAGACAGAAGGUUCCUGAUGUGCUUUUCACUACAAUUGACCUGCCACCAGAAGCUGCUGUCACAGGGAAAGGCUGCCUUAUUCAGGCCAGGCUAUGUCGUUUAAAAAAGAAAGCCCAGGGAGAGGUGAACGCAACAGCCAUCUCUAACCUGCUGCCUUUUAUGGAAUAUGAGCUGCACACCCAGCUGAUGAACAAACUGAAGCUGCGGAGCAUGAAUGCUCUGUUCGGCCUUCGCAUACAGAUCAGUGUGGGCGAGAAUAUGCUCCUGGGUCUGGCUUCUGCCACAGGAGUGUAUCUGACAGCCUUGCCUGCAUCAGGGGGCAUCCAAAUUGCAGGGAAGACUCCCGGUGACCUGAGCAAUGAGCACCACAUCUUGACCAUCCAGAAAAGAAUCAACGACACCAUAGCCAAGAACAAAGAGCUCUAUCAGAUAAACCCUCCGAAAUUAUUUACCCUGGACCCUGAGGUGUUCUGCAGCGUAAACAUGGAAUUGACAGAGGAAGCAGUUGGCUCUCCGAUUCCUGAACCUAGACAACGAUCCAGACUUUUCCGCUCCCACUCAGAAAGCUCAGAUGAACUGUCAGAGCUGGAUCUCUCCCAUGGCAAGAAGGAUGCUUUUGUCCUAGAGAUUGAUGACACCGAUGCUGUGGAGGACAUCCACUCCCUUCUCACUGACACCCCUCCCCCCACAGGUUUCUACAGCUGCAACACAGAGAUCAUGCCUGGGAUUUAUAACUGGACUUCAGGAGUACAGAUGUUUACAUCGGUGAGGGUCUUCAGGUUAAGUAAUGCCAAUCUUACUAACCAAGGCUUGAACAAGAUCUUCACUGACCUAUGUGAGAAUCUACUAAAGAGUUUUUAUUUCAAGUUGCGCUCUAUGAUUCCCUGCUGUCUUUGUCAUCUCAACGUCACUGUAGCAGUGCCAGAAGAAGAACUCAUUCAGGUUGCAGUGACUGCAGUUGCCAUGACGUUUGACAAGGACCAGACUCAGGAGAAGCCUGCAGAGAAAGUCAUCCAAAAAGGGAGCGGUGAGAUUGAAGAGCAGCUGCAGUUUCCCCUUGAGCUAUGCGCAGACUCAUCAUCCACCAGCACUCAGCAAUCGUCCAAAAUCUCAGGUACAGUCUCUUUACUCACCCCAGCUGCAAAACUCUGCCAUAAUCAGCUGGUUAUGGUUCGUUCAGCAGGUGUCCCAGAGACUUCCAACGUCUCAUCCAGAGCUGCCUCCGUUGAUUACGGUUCCUUUGCAGACAGAUGCAGCACCUGGCUAGAGCUGCUUAGGCUGAAAGCUCACACCAUAAGACGAGGAUCAGUUAAGACAAGUAGGAGGACACAGUCUCUAGCACACUCUGUUUCAUCUCUGGAGCGCGGCAGUCCGUUACCUGAGGGGCGUUCCCGCUCGCUGCGCUCCAACCGAUCAUUCGGAGGUAGUUCAGUCACCGUGGUGAAGAUGACGCCGUUAUCCUUCCUCCCUGGGACACGCAUCAUUAAAUACCUUGGGAUCAUCAACAUGUUCUUUAUCAGAGAAACAACAUCUCUACGUGAGGAAGGCGGUGUUAGUGGCUUCCUCCAUUCAUUUAUAGCGGAGGUGUUCGCUAUGGUUCGAGCCCAUGUAGCAGCCCUUGGUGGCAACGCGGUAGUGUCCUACAGCAUGAAAGAGUGUGUGCUGAUGGAAAAUCCAAACAAGAACCAGGCGCAGUGUCUCAUAAAUGUGAGUGGUGAUGCCGUCAUCUGUGUCAGAGAAACCGACCAGGAGCCCGUGUCCUCAUCCACAAACAUUGGACAAUCCUGUAGCAGCGGAACAGACGGGGGGGCUACAUGACACUGAAACACAAACCCUCACUCCAUCUAUAGGACACUUAAUUUGAGGAAAGACACUUUUUGGGUCUAGCCGUCCAAAUAUGAGGUUUGUAUAUCUGCCUUAUAACUUUGUAAAAUAUCCAAAGGUUUGAGUUGAAGUAAUGAAGAACCAGUACUCACACAUUUACAAGAACAUACAGUCAGCAUUAGCAGCAGUUCAGGAUGGUGUUUUUGUGUUCAGAGAGCAUUUGUGCAGAAGUUACUGACGUGGUUAUAUGGGAAUAACAUGAGUAUUUUGUAAUUUUUUUUUUGGUUAAAACAACAGCCAAAUGACCCCUGUGUAACUUUGUCAUGAAUUACAGCCGUCCAUAUUGGCUUCAGUAUGUUGGCCAUCACAGUGUGUGUAGUCGUGGGUGACACUUUAGGCAGCUUCGUCCAGCCAUAGUUCACAGGAGUCCUUAAAUUGCCACGCCAAAAGGGACAGUUUUAUACCAACAUAUGAUUUUAAACAGUCAGAUUCUCCCCCCAGUGUUAGGCUCUACUUCAUGUAGUGUUGAGAUUAAAUUCCUACCUAUCUCAGAUGAUCAGAGAAUGAGUGUGCCAGUCACAACAAGUAUUCGAACUUCGACUUGUCUUGUGCUCGAAAUCCAAAAAACUAAAACUAACAGUAUAUGUUGAUUUCUAGGCUUUUUUUUUUUUUUUUUUUUCUAAAUAUGAUUUUCUGUUUAUCUGUAUGGAUAUGUUAUGCUACUGUCAUAGUACUGAUCACAGUAUCCUAUAGAUAAUGCAGUUACUCAGAAAGUGUCAAAUGGUGAUUUCACUGAUUACGUGGGGUUAAUUACACAAAUCUAAUGUUGCGUACUUCUGUCAUCACAUUGCAGAUAUUAUAUGCACAUACUGUUUUUCUAAGUUGAGUCAGGCAUUAAAGUGAUUUAUUAAUAAAAACUAACAUUUUAUAUUAAUUCAUCCUAAAGUGAUUAAAUUAGAGCAACUUGCCUAAGUGUAAAUUUAUAAAAACAUGCCAUCAAUCGUAAACUUUUUCACUUUGGGGCCUAGCACAGGGUGUAUUUUCAUAGGUUAUUGUCUUUUUAGAUUGUUUUGACUGACUUAAAUCUAAGUGUGUUUCUUGUCGUUACUUCUUGCUCUCUGUGUCAAAUUUCACAUCCAGUUGCCAAGCUUCGUCACUGUCGCUCUGGCAUAAUAAUAAUAAUGAUCCAUCUCCUGACCUGUUCUACUCCAAACACACCUGUCCACUGCUGGAAAUGAGUAUCUUGUGGUGUAGGUGCCACCUAACAAAAAUAUAUAUAUAAAUAAAUGGUGUAAAUGUUCUCUAGAAAGAUAUUUUUAUAAACUUCAAAACUCAUUUUGCCUGUGCAAUGAAUUCCUGAUGUUUUGACUGUUGUCAGAAAUGUAAUGGUACUCUAAUCAGUUUGUGUUAUCAGCAGUUUGUACUCUGUUUCCUUUAUAUGUCUCUAAAACUUGAAUGUACAUACUUAGGGGCUUUUUUGCUUUCUGACUAGGAGCAUGCAGACCCUGUUUUUAUUGCCAUGAAUCUGUAUGCUUGCCUGGAAAGUCAAGUUGCACAAUAAAUUCUGUCAAACCAA